AACAGUGAAGGUGAAAUGUUGGUGGUGUCUCACUACUUCGUCCACCAGGUUGCAGUCGGCUCAGCCUGGAGGUGCGGAUCGGGCCGGCUAACUCGAGUGCUCACUUGGCGGAAGGAAGGCGGCGAUGUGACAGAUGCGGGGUGGUUUGACUCCAGGCCUGCCGGUGGCGGUGUUGCAGGCGCUGCCGGGCUCCGGGUCUACGGACGGCGGGGCCGACACCCACAGAUUCCGGCGUGUAGGCGGCGGCGUCGCAGGUUCAGUGCCUGCGGGUGGCGGAAUUAUAGGCUCCGGGCCUGUAGGCGGCGGUGUUGCAGACUCCGGGCCUGUAGGCGGCGGUGCUGCAGACUCGGGGCCUGUAGGCGGCGGUGCUGCAGACUCCGGGCCUGUAGGCGGCGGUGUUGCAGACUCCGGGCCUGUAGGCGGCGGUGCUGCAGACUCCGGGCCUGUAGCGGCGGUGCUGCGGACUCCGGGCCUGUAGGCGGCGGUGCUGCUGCGGGCUCCGUUGCGGACGGCGUGUGUGUUGCGCUCAGUCUGGUCUGGUUUGGUUUGCGGGGAUGGCAGCGCACGUUGUGUGGAAAUACCGGGAGAGCGCGGAGCAGGAGCCGCAUCAAUGGGCCACCCUCGUCUGCAGCAACAGAUAGGCUGACAUAUGUUGGAAAUAACUUUGGACCGAGUGCGCUCAAGUGUAAUUCACUAUGCAAGUAUUUUGUUGGCGUACUAAAUGAAAAUACGGGGAAAAUGGAAGUGCACAAUGCUCAGCUGUUUAACAUGCAGCCUUUCUUUCCUGGUGACUCUGUGACAAAAGAAGAUACCAAUGAAAAAGAAGCCUCGUAUCGAGAGAAGGUGGACUCCCUCAUUGAGGCCUUUGGUACCAUCAAACAGAAACAUGCUCUGAACUCUCGCAGAUUGAAUCAGGUUGGGAAUGAGACCUUGCAGGAAGCUGUGACUAAAGCAGCAGAAAAUAUCAUUGAUAAGAAAGGGAUAUCAGCUUUGGCCAAUGAGGCAACUCAGUUUGAGUCACAGUUUGAGUCGGCUUUCCUUCCACCCUGUCAUGCUGAUGCAGACAAGCCUGAGGAUGUUUACAAGUUUGAAGACAUCAUUUCAACUGCUGACUAUCAAGCAAUCAAACCGUGCUGUGAACCACUAAAGAUUAACACUGCAGAAGAUAUUCUCAAAUUGGCAGAAACUGGCAACUAUUCGACCUUUGUUCUGGAAUCACUUAAAUCAGCACCUCAAGAUGAGAAAAGUCGCGAUCAUGAGAUUAACUGUUUAUUUUACCUUCAGAUUCUGAUCAAAUUGCACAAUUUAAAAAAACAUGAAUUCAAACACAAAGGUUCCCUUGGGAGUGAUGUUGCAGAUGUUGUGAAAAACAGUUUGAUGAAAAAAUUUACAGUAUUAACUUACAACAAUGGACGUGUACAAAAUAUCAUACCAAUCUCCAUGAAAGCUAAAAUAGUGGCAUACGUUAUUGCACUGGCUUUACACAUAAACAAUUUUCAAACUGACCUUACAUAUCUGCAACAAGAUUUGAAAAUUAGUGAGAACAGAAUUUUGGACGUUGCAAGAGCGAUGGGUUUAAAAGUUGCAAAGAGAAAAGUGAAUAUCCAUGGUGGCAUUGCAGAGGAUCAUAGGGUAGCUACUCUCUCAUUACCACUGAUUGUGCAAAAUAAAGUUCAUAAUAGGAAAAGGAAGAAAAUGGCAUAAAAGGACAAUAUGAUUCAGUUUAAAUCCCGUGUUGGCAAUCUUUAACAAAUUUCUGUUUUACAUCGAAGAAUCUAGGUGUUUUUUAGUCCAAACGACAUGUAAAUGGUGCAAUACACUUAGUUAACAGUUGACUGUUAUGAAGUCCAUUUUAUUAAAAUUACAAUUAAAAAUAUAUUUAAGCAAAU